UGGCAUGCUGUCGACAUGUUGAUUGCUUUCGGUGUCGUUAAAAUUGAUUAACAUAAAUGAAUUUUAAGAUGUAAUUCAUGGCUGCGAUUGAAUAAUAACCGAUUCUUAAUAAUGUACAAUGUAAAUAUUAUAAGUUAUUACAUUAUAAGUUAUGUGAAUUGUUUUAAAAGGAAGAAUUGUGAAAAAUAGAUCUAUCAAGUGAGAGAAUGCUAACAAUGCAACUAUUGAGAGCUUUAUAAUGUGCUCAAGUUACUAAGAAUAUAAUAUAAAGAACCUCAAAACAAUAAUAUAAAGAGUAAAUUGCUAGGUGCAUAGUUUAAUGCUUCAUAUAAUUAAUGACAAAGUCAAAAUGAGUGUCAAAAGAAAAGUAACCUCUAAUUCAAAUGUGUCUGAUGCUUCUGUAAGUAAGAGUCCAUAUUUCACAAACAAUGAGACUGAAUCUGCAAGUAUACAGUUAAAAAACAAUGCUUCCAGACUAAAAGAUUCUUUUUAUAAUAUUCCAUGUGAAGACUUGGCAAAAAAAUUACUUGGAAAGGUGAUAUGUAGGAAACUGGAUACUGGAGAAGUGUUGAAAGGAAAGAUUGUAGAGACGGAAAGUUAUGUCGGUGUUGAAGACAAAUCCUGUCAUUCAUAUAAAGGGAAGAAGACGCAGAGGAACGAAGCCAUGUUUAUGAAACCUGGCACGGCUUACGUCUAUACGAUUUAUGGAAUGUACUAUUGUCUCAAUAUUUCGAGUGACGGAGAAGGUGCUGCUGUUUUAAUAAGAUCGCUAGAGCCCUUAUGGGGAUUCGAGACCAUGAGAGCUUACCGGACUAAAAAGAGACCGAACGGAAAAGAAUUAAAAAAUAAAGAAUUAUGCAACGGACCCUCUAAAUUAUGCAUGGCUUUAGAUGUGACAAAACUAUUAAAUAAAGAUGACAUGACCGUUAGUGAUAGACUAUGGGCGGAAGACUGCGAAGACAUAGGUGACGAGGACAUCGUUCGGAGUAAACGCAUUGGGAUCGAUAGUGCUGGAGAGGAAUGGGCAAAUAAAUUCCUUAGAUUUUAUAUUAGGAAUAAUAUAUAUGUCAGUGUUAGAGAUAAGAAAGCAGAAAUGUGACAAGCACAUUUACUUUCUGAAUUUUGAAUAUCUGUUGGAAAUUUGGAAUCAAUGUUUGUAUUUAGUAUUUAAUUAAUGAAGUGAGAGUAUUGAAAAAUAACGAAGACCUAUAUUAAUUAUUAUAGCUUUCUUUAUAAUAAACUUUAAACAUAAAAUACAAAGGUAAAAAUAUAAUUUAUGUAUAUAAUUUAAAAACUGAUUAAAAGGUGUUAACAUCUUUUAAUCAGUUGACAGGAUAUAUUAAUGAAUGUAUGUAAAAUGUAGCAUAUUUUGCUACAUACUUUAAUCAUACUUGAAGUAAUACAGGUUAUAUUAUAACAUAUAUAUUACAAAUAAAUAUUAUAAAUUUUAUAUAUUUUUAGAUGUAUAACAUUGUAAGAAGGACAUUGUGAAUAAUGAUCUGGUUCUUACAGUCUCAAAGUAGAUUUUGUUAUGUUCGUGUUCCUCCUGAAGCCUCAGUGUUUAUAGUCGGAAGCAAGCUUGGGUCACCUUGAGUCGGACAUUAAAUUACUUGCCCAUAUUUGCCAUUUUGGGAAUAGUUUGUGCAUAAAAUUUAAUUUGUAGAGAUGUGUAUAAGUUUUAUUAAUUUAAAUAAAUCAAACAUUCUGGAAAAUAUAUGAUUUUUACAUAUUUAUAUUGAAUUUUUAGCUAAGAGCAUGUGCAUCGGUUUAUGUUCUUCAGAUGUACUUCACAACAAUAAACAUAUUUGAAAUUAGAUCUGUAUAAUUACCAUCUGCCCUCAUUCUGCCAUUGAAUAUACUAUCAUACCAUUAUAAAGGAUAAGAUUUUAAUAAUUGUAAGAUAAAAUAUGUUGUAGGAAAUAAUUUAUUAGUGUGUAUAGUUUGGAGUUAUUUAUAAUUUAACUAUACUACUAUUUUCAGAAACCAUUUAAGUUUAAAACAAAGGUAGUAGUAUGGAAACAGUAAAGCUAUCAACUAGUCAAGCUAUCAUUUGCCAGACCUUUGAUAGAAUGUUCUAAUGAUAAGAGAUGGUCCAUCUACAAAAAUUUCUGAGGAUCUGAUCAGAAAUAGUCCCUCAGUCACAUGCAUUAACUGCUUUGAUUAUCUAGCUAUCAAUUUAUGUAUAGCUUUUGAAAUUAUUCUGAAUGUGAAGAGUUUGUCAUCUGGAAAAACAUGCAAUGUUGGAAGUAUUUUAAAUCAAGUCGUAGAAUGGUAAAUCAUAAAAGAUGGAAGACAAAUGUAUAAUUAUGAUAUAAACAAUAGCAAAAUUGAAUUUGUUCCAAGUUAUAUUUAGAACAUAGGUGUGUUGCCUAGUAGAGCAGCUUUAAAACAACCAGAUAACUGCCUAUUUCAAAUGAAAUAGACUCUCAGUUUGCUUUUCCAGCUGUAUUAAAGAACAUAUCUCCUAUACAUUUUCAAAUGAGAUGGUUGCAACUCUAAAGAAGUUUUAAUGGUAUAAGGCAAUAUAACAUGGGUAAUCUAUAAAGGAGGGUAUCUCUUGGGAGGACUUUUAUGGGAAACUGGCAUUAUGUAAUGUUGGACACAUGAAGUAAACUUCAAGUGGCCAGCCCAUUGAUCCUGCAACACUACUAGGGUUCAAGUGAUUUGAUCAACUCAACCACAAGUUUUAUGAAUGCAAAGGUUGUAAUAAAAACAGAUAUUGCCUUAUAA